UCUCGCGUCGUGAUAGUGACCAACCACAAAAAGCGAACGUCCAUUGACAAUAAUCGUCUCCUUUUUUCCCGUCAAGUUUCCCUUUUCCUUUUUCCCAGCAGCAGCAGCGGACGACAUAAUAAUAUUUCAUUAUCACCCUGACCGAAAUUGACAAGGGUGGCCAGUUACUGUAACAUGUACCUGAUGCAACCGAGCAAAGUAUAUAAGUCGGUAGUGUCGACUCGAUUAAGUCACCAGUCGCUUUCAGUCGAUUCCACCACCAACAACUAUCCAACAUCAUCAUGCAGGUCCAACUCAUCCUUGUUUCCCUUGUUGCAUUGGCUGUUUCUACAUCCGGAGAGGAACAGCCCAAAUACACAGACACUGUCGCCAAGUCAUCCGAGCAACAGUACGCUCCUAUGCCGCACUCGUUUGCCUGGGAAGUGAAGGACGAGCCGAGCAAGAACGACUACUCGCACCAACAGGAAAGUGACGGCAAAGUCACGACCGGAUCCUACCGCGUUGCCUUGCCCGACGGCCGCACCCAAAUCGUCACCUACACGGCUGACCAAAACGGAUACGUCGCCCAAGUCAAAUACGAAGGAGAGGCCCAAUAUCCCGCACCUUCUUCAUACAGCAACAAACCAUCAGCGAGUUAUCCGACCGAACAAGCAAAACCAACAACAGCUUACCCCGUUGUUUGAUUGGCCCGAACCACUGAAGCUCAGCGAUCCUUAGACGAACCGAUGCAUUUUCUGCAAUUCCUAAAUGCAUUUUCGGUUGUAAGUUUGUAACUAAAUCUUUUGUAAUAUAUGGAAGUAUAAAUGUAAAACGUUAUUAAAACAACAUUUUGAAAUUUUCUAAUUUCGCCAAAUCUUUAUGGCAUUUUGAUUAUAUAAACUUGUUUUCGCAGGAGCUGUAGCUUUUUAUAACUUGGCGGUUGUUAAUGAUGAUUGUUAUGGGCCUCAACUCAAACAUCAGCUGAUCCAAAAUUCAGAUAGAAAAGUCAAUUAGAAAAUUCAAUUAGAAAAUUCGUACGUAGUCAUAGUAGUACGAAUCAUCACCCAGACUUGAAAUAUAUG